UAGUAAUUUUUCUUUCUUAAAACUCUGCUUGUAGAAACCCAAAUCUCUUGUCUUUUACCAUUUCCUUCUGGUUUGUUAAAUGUCUCUGGGAGCUGUAAAGAUUCUCGAUUUGGAAGGGUCAGGAUGUACUAAAGAAGACGAAGUUUUGAAUAAGAUUUCAUAAAUGGGUUUGGGGGUAAUGACCCAUUUGAUAGUCUCAUGCAAUUUUUCUUAUCCAUGUUGAUUCCUGUGCUAUGUCGAAGUGGAAAAACUUCAAGUUAUAGGGCAUUUGGAUUUGCCAUUGCGUGGGGAAAUUUUGCUAUUUUAAUGGUUACAGGUUCCAGGAUAUAUACAAUUUUUUAGAAUAAUAUAGGCCGUGAGACAAACACUUUUUUCAAUAUGUAAUUCAAUAUUUUAUUAAAAAGCGUAAAAGAAUGCAAUUAUAAUACACAGAAGGAUACAAGAGGGAGCCCCCACGUAGGAAAAACAAUGACAGAACUCAAUAUACAAAGUAGAGGAAAGAAGAAAAAAGAUGGAUGAUUUGAGCCGCUAUCGAGUGCUUUAAGCACAAAAGUUUCGAACUCUUGCACCGCCCAUCCGAGAACGAAACGAUAAUGAUUUGAACAAGCCCUUUAAAAAAGCAGGCUCUACCAUCCGGAAAAACUACGUUUUUAUAGUGGGCCAACCUUUUUCUAUAAGGUUUGCACGCCUAAGACUUGCACAUGCAACACCCACAAGGCUCCAGCCACAGCACAAUGAAGCCGAAUAUGAUUGGUUGAUUUCUCAAUUGUUUUCAUGCAACACCAAUCCAUAUGGCACACCUCUUCUUCAUGUUAUCCUAGUUUAAGAUUUUCUCUGAAGUUGUUGUCCAUACAAAAAAAAAAAAAAAGCCAUCCGUGAAGGAGUCAUGUUUUGCCAAAGGCUUUUCCAAGAAAAGGGACGGUCAAGCCUGAUUGUAGGUACCAACUUCAAACUUCCACCUUUUGAACCGGAGCCCCAUAUUUUAUUCUUACUACCUCCGUUCAACCAAAAAGUGUGCAAGAAGUUGUAGAAUAAACAGAACAGGUCCACUGCCCAAUCAUGGAGUGAUCUAAUAAUAAAGGCAAUGUUCCUCUGUUGACUAUCGUUGGAGAAUUGCAAAUGGCUGGAUAUGUUAAACAACUUCAAGAAGGCACUUUCGGAGGCUGAUUUCAUUCCAUUCAUCACACCAAAACUAGAUGUUGGUCUUGUUGCCCACCUCAUAUAAAAAUAAAUAGAGAGAAUCCCCCCAAACCCUCCUGAUGUUCUUCCAUAUAUGUUGCACGUUGAAGUGCCAGUUCCCACUCCCAAUAAAGAUGAGGUCUUGUUGAGAGUAGAAGCAGCUAGUCUCAAUCCAUUUGAUUGGAAAGUUCAGAAAGGCAUGCUGCGGCCUUUUCUUCCUAGCAAGUUCCCUCACAUACCAGCUUCUGAUGUGGCUGGCGAGGUUAUAGAGGUUGGACCGGGAGUCAAAAACUUCAAAGUUGGUGAAAAAAUUGUAGCUAUGACUAACCCCAGGAAUGGCGGUGGACUGGCGGAGUUUGCUGUGACCAAGGAAAGCUUGACAGUUGCAAGACCACCUGGAGUUUCAGCAGUCAAUGUUGUUGGUCUCCCGGUUGCAGGAUUGACAGCUCACCAGGCUCUCACUCAAUCUGCUGGUAUUAAGCUUGAUGGAAGUGACAAGAAGGCAAACAUUCUGAUAACUGCUGCUUCAGGUGGAGUGGGCCACUACGCGGUUCAACUGGCUAAGCUGGGAAAUGCACAUGUGACAGCUACUUGUGGUGCCCGCAACAUUGAUCUUGUCAAGAGGUUAGGGGCUGAUGAGGUUCUUGACUACAAGACCCCAGAUGGGGCAGCUCUGAAGAGCCCAUCUGGUCGAAAAUAUGAUGCAGUUAUUCACUGUGCAACCGGCAUUCCUUGGUCUACUUUUGAACCUAAUUUGAGCCCAAGUGGGAAGGUGAUUGAUAUUACUCCUGCUCCUAGUUCCCUGAUCACAUUUGCCCUGAAGAAACUUACUUUCUCCAAGAAGCAACUGGUGCCACUGAUCUUGUUUCCAAAGGGUGAGAACCUCCUUUAUCUCGUUAACCUGGUUAAGGAAGGGAAGCUCAAGACAGUGAUUGACUCAAAAUAUCCCUUGGGCAAGGCCGAAAGGGCUUGGGCUAAGAGUAUUGACGGCCAUGCCACUGGGAAGGUUAUUGUUGAGCCUUAAAGUAAAUGUAAUGGACCUGGAAUUGCUAAUCUUGAUGCAAUUAAAUGAGAAGAUUGUUUAUUAUAUUAGAGACAUGUUUGGGUCAAGGGUGUAAUCAAGUCGAGUUUGACUGAAUUACAAGUUGCCAAACCUUAUUUAUUUAAUUUAUUGGAAUAUGAGUCAAGCACUAGCUUGUAACCGAGUUUAAUCUUAUUUUCAUGUACAACUCGUUUCUUUUUCAAACAAUCCAUAUUUGUAUUAAGAACAUGUUUCCUCCUA